ACAUUAGCAAAAAAAUUGCUAACUACAGUAAUAGUUAAUUUUAUUAGCUAGGUAACAGUAGCUUGUCUCAGUUAUUAACUUGCUAAUACCUAACUAUUUGGGGGAGUUGGUGUUACACUGACAUGGUUACAAAAUGUUUUGAAGAACCUGACAACAUUUUUAGCUAGCUAUGUUUACUACCUAACGUUAUACAUCUAAUUAGCUAAAGAUAUUGUUAUAGCUAGCUAGCUACUUCCACAACGUGCCUACUUGGCAUUAUAAACUGGGUAGUUCGAGCCCUUAAUGCUGAUUUGCUGACAACCGUGGUAUAUCAGACCGUAUACCACGGGUGUGACAAAACAUGUAUUUUUACUGCUCUGAUUACAUUGGUGUAGACCAUCAUUGUAAAUAAGAAUUAGUUCUUAAACUGACUUGACUAAUUAAAUAAAAGGUUUCACAACCAGUUUAUAAUAGCAAUAAGGCACCUCGGGGGUUUGUGAUAUAUGGCCAAUAUACCACGGCUAAGGCCUGUGUCCAGGCACUCCACGUUGCGUCGUGGUCGUGAAAGAACAGCCCUUUGCCGUGGUAUGUUGGCAAUAUACCACACCUCCUCGGGCCUUAGUGCUUAAUUAUAGCUAACUUCUUGUCCGGUGUCGCCUAUGUUGUUCAGUUAACCCACACGAGACAAGCUAACGUUAGCCAGUUAACUAGCUUUCAUAUACAAACUGCAUGUUGUUGUCUCAAAUAAAUGUAUUGCAAUAAACAAACUUACCAUGUCAAUGUUGUUGAAAAUGUCGCUGUACAGUUUGGUUAAUAAGCGAGGUGUAAAACAGUAGCGGGUAUCGUUUUGGCUUUGUUCAUCAUGAUUCAACUAUUUUGAAGACAAGUAAAUAUGCUCCCUGUUUAUGUGCAUCCUUCAAUUAUGUCCGAUGGUACAACUAGAACCCGAAAGGUUGCUAGAAAAUGUAGCAUAAAAGUAACGUUAAUAGUGGUCCAUAUUUAUUGUAGAUAAAUCUAAACAAGUUCAAAAGUACAUUUUUUAUUUUUUAUUUCAACAAACAAUAUUGUAUUUGUUGAACAAGUAACACAGGCUAGAACCUCAUCCUAGGAUUUGUUUCAAGCCGAACAUAAACGUUGUUGUACACGCGGUUCACUUGAAAGUAAAAUGGCGUCAAGAAGAGUGUCAUCGGUUCCUAAAAGUCAGAAACUUACCCUUGGAGAUUCAAAAAGUUCCAAAGCUGUGAUUGAAAACAGCAAGAGCAACAACAGUGGAACUGGAAACACCAGCAAAGGCAACAGCAGUGGGAAUGGAAAUAAAACUAAAUCUGGUGGUACAAUAGUGAAGUCUCGAUAUCUACAAACUGUUGAAAAGGCACCUCUAACCAAGAACAAUUUGCUCACCAAUGAGUCCACCCUUGUGCCACCAAGGCCUGCCUCACCUAAACCGGGUAGUGUUAAACCACGGGUGGGGUCUCCCGCAAGGCGUUCCAUGGCUCCUCAGUCACUUCGCAAUCCUACUCCAUUGAUGUCAAGUGUCCUUGAGCCUUCACAAUUAGGAAGAAGUAUUCUGCAAUCCACAAUCUUAGAUGGUCACUGUCUUCGCCCUGACUUUGAUGUCUCUGCCAUUAAAGACAAGACAGUGUUACAAAAUGCAGCAGUAGAACCUGAAAGAAAUGAUGAACACGAAAAGAGACUCCUAGAGAUGCAGACGUUCUUGUUGGCUUACCUCACAGCCAAGAUGGAGAAUAAUAGCCAGAAAUUGAAGGCGGAGGCGGAGGGGCGUAUUAUAGCCGUGAUGGAGGAAGAGGAGCUGCUACGGAAGGAAGUCCAUGAGAAGAAGCGCCAGUACCUCCUCCUGGAGAAGAACAUGCAGCUGGACGACCUGCUCGAUUUACAGAUCACAGCACUAACUCCUGUGGCUGAUGCCGCCAAGCAGUUCACACAGGAAUACAAGUCUUUUGCCACUGCAGUUGACACCACACGACAUGAGCUGCCAGUGAAGAACUUCUACAUUGACGGGGAUAGAAUGACAUUUCUGGAUAAAGCCACUGCUAGCCUGAAGGAGAGUGAGGAAGUGUUGCUGCAGUGCACACAGGGAGCUCACCAUGGCAAUGAGAAAUCUGCUGAGUGCCUGAGAGGGGUGAAAACUGCUGCACAGGACAUCAGCAAGCAGCUCUCAGGGGGUUUUUCAGAGUUAUUGGAGCUGUCAUCAUUGGUCAGUCGCCAGACGGUUCAGAUUCAGCAGGCCUUGGAAGAGGAGCAGCUUGGAUUGACAAGAGUUCAGGAACUCUAUUGCCCCAAACAGUGAAGCAGCAUUGAGAACAUUGUGUAGAAUGUACAGCCUAUAGUUAAGGAAUAAGGCCGAGGGAGUGCGGUAUAUGGCCAAUAUUCCACCACUAAGGGCUGUUCUAAUGCAAUGCGGAGUGCCUGGAUACAGCCCUUAGCCGUUGUAUAUUGGCCAUAUACUACAAACCUCCAAAGUGCCUUAUUGCUAUUAUAAACUGGUAAUUAGAGCAGUAAAAAUAAAUGUUUUGUCAUACCCGUGGUAUACGGUCUGAUAUACCACGGCUGUCGGCCAGUCAGCAUUCAGGGCGUGAACCACCCAGUUUAUAAUUUUUGUUAACAUACAGUAGUUAAAUUACUUGAAUUACUGACCAUGGGAAUUAUUUUGUGAAACUUUUUAUUAAAUUGUAUACAUCAAUAUGUAA